AAAAUGGUGAAAAUCCGAUUGAUUGAAGGGAGGAAAAGGGUGUGGGUCCGUAUUUAAGCUUUCUUUCUUUGAUUAUUGUCCCCAUGAAAAAGUAGAUAUUUUUAUAUUCUGAUAGUGGUCGUCGUCGGCUUUUACAACGUCUCUUCCAAAUUUCUAUAAUUCAAUGGAGUUUUUUAAGUGAUAUCUCGUUGACCCUGUUGUUUGUAUGGUCUAACACCCAUAUUUUUGUCAUAUUUUAUGAUCCACUAGAUUUCUAUUAAAAAUUUCCCACUGUUCUUUGAGCUGCCAAACAAGAACGAUCACCACAAGGAGUAUGGAAUUCGAAACCCCGCUUUAAUGCCUCUAAAGGUUGAGUUGGUGGUGUCGUUCUCAGUGUUUAAUUAGUGAGUUGAAGAAGUGCACAUGACCUGUUCGAUCGUUCGUCUCUGAGAAAUUGAAGUACUGGGCAGGGCUUGGGUCGCUUCAUCUCCUACAGAGGCGCCAACAGUUUGGGGAGAAAGUGAGAAUCUUCAGAUGGACGGAAAGAAAAUGAAGCUGUUUGACUGGAACGAGGCAGUGAAAUCAUCGGACAAGUUGUUGGAGGAUCAGCCUUUGCUUCCAUUUGUAAUUCCUGUGUUCCUGAUUCUUUGGAUCAUAGAGAAGUGGUUUUUCUCCAUGUCGAGUUGGGUUCUUCUUGUUUUCGCUGUGUUCGCUACAAUUCAGUAUGCAAGUUAUCAGAGAAGAAAAACCGUGGAAGACUUGAACAAGAAAUGGAUGCAAAUGACUUUACAGGCCUCGUUAACGACACCACUAGAGCAGUGUGAAUGGCUGAACAAACUUUUGAGUGAAGUUUGGUUGAAUUAUAUCAACCCAAAGCUUUCUUUACGGUUUGCAUCAAUUGUUGAGAGGCGCAUGAAGCAACGGAAACCAAGGUUAAUUGAGAAGGUUGAGCUUCAAGAAUUCUCACUGGGUUCACAUCCUCCUCUAUUGGGGCAGCAUGGCAUUCGCUGGUUAACUGUAGGUAAUCAGAGGAUCAUGCGCUUGAGUUUUGAUUGGGACACAGAUGAUCUAAACAUCAUGCUUUUUGCUAAGUUGGCUUCGCCAUUAAUGGGAACAGCUAGAAUUGUUAUCAACAGUGUCCACGUCAAGGGUGAGCUUCUUUUGAAACCAAUAUUAGAAGGGAAAGCCAUAGCAUACUCUUUUGUAUCAACCCCUGAGGUGAGAAUUGGUGUUGCUUUCGGAAGUGGUGGUAGCCAGUCUCUGCCUGCAACAGAGCUACCAGGUGUUUCUUCAUGGCUGGUUAAAGUUGCCAAUGAAACAUUGAAUAAGCGGAUGGUUGAACCUCGACGCCAGUGUCUAUCAUUGCCAGCUGUAGACUUGCAUAAGUAUGCUGUAGGUGGCAUAUUGUAUGUUACCGUGCUCUCUGCUAGGAAACUUUCUCGCAGUAACUCGAGAGGUAGUGGUUCGACGAAAUACACAAAUUCAUCAACAGAAGGUAGUACAAAAGAUUACAAUGACACUGAGCUUAAGACAUUCGUUGAGGUUGAACUUGAGGAGCUAACAAGAAGAACAGAUGUGAGAGCAGGAUCUAAUCCUAAUUGGGACACAACAUUCAAUUUGAUCCUGCAUGACGACACAGGAAUUCUCAAAUUCCAUCUCUAUGAAUGUCCUCCUGGAAGCAUGAAAUAUAACUAUCUUACUUACUGUGAAGUUAAGAUUAGAUAUGUUCUGGAUGAUUCAACCAUAUUCUGGGCCAUUGGUCCUGACUCGACCGUGAUUGCCAAGCAUGCUGAGUCUUGUGGAAAAGAAAUCAUUAUGACAGUUCCAUUUGAGGGGGAUAACUAUGGAGAGUUGACCGUAAAGCUUGAACUUAAAGAGUGGCAGUUUGCUGAUGGAUCACAUAGUUCCAGUUCCAGGUCAAGUUCUGGUCGUUCGCUAAGUGGGUCAUCGAAUUACUUUUCCAUUACUGGUAGGAAAAUAUGCAUAACUGUAGUAGAGGGCAAGGAACUUCUUGUGACCGACAAAAUGGGGAAGUCCGACCCUUAUGUCAAGUUGCACUAUGGGAAGACUGUUCAAAGAACAAAGGCUGUUUCACAUUCUCCCAAUCCAACUUGGAAUCAGAAGUUUGAGUUCGAUGAAAUAGGUGGGGAAUAUUUGAAGGUUAAGUGCUUUACUGAAGAAACAUUUAGCGAUGAGUUCAUCGGGAGUGCACGGGUGAACUUGGAGGGACUUGUAGAAGGGUCUAUAAGAGAUGUGCGUAUACCCCUUGAGAAAGUCAAUUCUGGAGAGCUGCGGCUUCAGAUUGAAGCUCAUACAGUUUAUAGUAAUGGCAGUUCAAAGGGCUCACAGGCAAGUUCAACCAAUGGCUGGAUUGAGCUUGUUCUUAUAGAAGCAAGAGAUCUUGUUGCUGCCGAUCUACGCGGGACCAGCGAUCCUUAUGUAAGGGUACACUAUGGGAACUUGAAGAGAAGUACUAAGGUUAUGUACAAAACAUUGCAUCCGAAAUGGCAUCAAACCUUUGAGUUUCCAGACGACGGCAGCCCCCUCACAUUGCACUUGAAAGAUCACAACACAUUGCUGCCUACGUCCAGCAUAGGAGACUGCGUGGUCGAAUAUCAGAUGCUGCCUCCAAAUCAAAUGGCUGAUAAAUGGAUACCGUUGCAAGGAGUGAAGAAGGGAGAGAUUCACAUCCAGGUUACAAGAAAAAUCCCGGAGCUGGAGAAGAAACCGAGCACGGAUUCUGAGUCUUCGCCAUCUAAAGUUCGCCAGCGCGUCUCCAAUCAGAUGAAGGAGAUGAUCAUCAAGCUUCGAUCUCAGGUGAACAGCGACAAUCUUGAGGAGUUUACAAAGUCACUGAGUGAGCUUGAGAGCCUCCAGGAUACUCAAGAAGAGGUUAUGGUCCAACUCGAGACAGAGCAAAUGCUGCUGCUAGACAAAAUAAACGAGCUCGGACAGGAAAUCAUUAACUCGUCGCCAUCCUUGAAAAAAACCGCUACGAUAAAUUGAAUCAACAUUAGAACUCCCUAGCACUGGUGACAUGUAGAAUAAACUUGUGUGCCCUAGAAUAUGUAUUAUCUUAUUACAAUCUUGUUCCCUGCUGGUUUGUGUUUUGGUUGGGAGAAAGAAGAAUGGAACUGUACAGUUACUUGUAGAA